UGUACCCCUCUCCCUAGGGGAUGCUGUGGGCUCCUGGACGCCGGGCACCCGGGCCGCCAGCUGAGCCCUCGUGUCCGUCCAGGUACCCCCGGGAAUCUAGAUUCUUGCGGCCAGGGAGAGGGGGAGCAGCCCGAACACAGCCGGGGGCCGGGGCGGGUAGGGGGCUGGAGGCCCCGGACCCGAGGGCAUGGAACGACUGGGAGAGAAAGCCAGCCGCCUGCUGGAAAAGCUGAAGCUCUCCGACUCCGGCAGUGCUAAGUUUGGCCGCAGAAAGGGGGAGUCGAGCCGGUCAGGGUCUGAAGGGACCCCUGCUCCUGGGAAGGGGCGUUUGAGCGGGUCCGGGGGCCCCAGGAAGCCUGGGACCCGGGGGACUCUUGGAGAAUCUGGGGAUGAACCACUGGAAGCAGCCCGUGAGCAGGGCCCCCUGGAGGCUGAGCGAAUCCGACGCAGCUCCUUUGAGGCGCCGCGCUACGAAGUUCCUUUCCCCGGCGGGGCACCCCAGCCCCGGGCCUUGCCUCUACCCCAAUCGCUGCUCCCCGACUUGCGUCUGGAGACACUGGCCCCCGCCUUAAGCCCGCGUUCUAGCUUCGCCAGCAGCUCCGCCAGCGAUGCCAGCAAGCCGUCUAGCCCCCGGGGCAGUCUGCUCCUGGACGGGGCGGGGAGCUGCGGAGCUGGUGGCAGCCGGCCCUGCAGCAACCGAACCAGUGGCAUCAGUAUGGGCUACGACCAACGCCACGGGAGCCCCUUGCCCACUGGGCCAUGCCCCUUCGGCCCUCCCUUCGCUGGGGCUCCUACAGGCUUUCCUCCGGGCGGGGUCCCCCCUGCCUAUCCCGACCUCCAUGCUGCCAUAAACCGGCUUUGCUCUCAUCGGCCCACGGGUUUCGGCUUUCAGGAGAGCCGUCACUCAUACCCACCGGCCCUGGGCAGUCCCGGGGCCCUGGCCGGAGCUGGUCUGGGAGCGACUGGGCCCUUAGAAAGGCGAGGGGCGCAGCCUGGACGACAUUCUGUGACCGGCUACGGGGACUGCGCAGCAGGCGCCCGCUACCCAGAGGAACUGGCAGCGUUGCUGCGACUAGCUGUGGGAACCGGAGGGCGGGAACCAGGCGCCCACGGGGAACCUCCCGGUACGGAAUCCUCGGGGCCUGAAGACCUGGCUGGCCCCUUCCCACAAGAGGCAGGCAGGGGUCGGGCCCGAGAACAUGAGUCUAAGGAGGACUACUUCGGCACAUGUAUAAAGUGUAACAAGGGCAUCUAUGGGCAAAGCAAUGCCUGCCAAGCCCUGGACAGUCUGUACCACACCCAGUGCUUUGUCUGCUGCUCUUGCGGUAGGACACUUCGAUGCAAAGCCUUCUACAGUGUCAAUGGCUCUGUUUACUGUGAGGAGGAUUACUUGUUUUCAGGGUUCCAGGAAGCAGCAGAAAAAUGUUGUGUCUGUGGUCACUUGAUCUUGGAGAAGAUCCUGCAGGCAAUGGGGAAGUCUUAUCACCCUGGCUGCUUCCGCUGUAUUGUCUGCAACAAAUGUUUGGAUGGCGUACCUUUCACGGUGGACUUCUCCAACCAAGUGUACUGUGUCACUGACUACCACAAAAAUUAUGCCCCAAAAUGUGCUGCUUGUGGCCAGCCCAUCCUCCCGUCAGAGGGCUGUGAAGAGAUUGUGAGGGUGAUUUCCAUGGACCGAGAUUAUCAUUUUGAGUGCUAUCACUGUGAGGACUGCCGAAUGCAGCUGAGCGAUGAAGAAGGCUGCUGCUGCUUCCCCCUGGAUGGACACCUGCUCUGUCAUUCCUGCCACAUGCAGAGGAUCAGCGCUCACCAGGGCACUGCCAACUACGUUUGAGCCGCCGCCUCCAUCAGUUCCUUCUGGCUCCCAAACCCCAGCAGGCAAAGCCCUCCCAGGCAGUGAGCGGUGGAGAGCCCAUUGGGGUGGAGGUGAGGGGUACAGGAAAGAAGGCAGGGCAGAUGGGUGUACUGCAGGACAGAUAGAAGAGAAGCUGGAAAUCUAAAGACCCCGAGAGGAGGAGGUCCUCUUGGGGUUGGAGAGGGAUUUUUCCCACCACCAGAAGAAUUCUCACGCAGUGAGUAACAAACUACAGAACCUCUCAGAGCCAAGAACUAGUCCCCCUUCUGGGCCUGAGAACAGCGGCGGGACAAAUUAACAAGUACACACACACAGAGUCACCUCCCGGCAUAUGCUGCUUCCUUCAGGGUUUCCCAGUUUCCCUCGUGGAUAUAUUUGCAAAACCCAAGCAGAAUUCCUGCUUGAAAAAACUAGGAGAAAGUGAACACCUCCUGAGGGCUUAGACACUUACCUCUCUGUCCCCACCCCCAGCAAGCAGCGUCAGCUGCCCCCGGGGAAAAUGGGGAACCGGGAAAACCGACCUGUGUUCCUACCACCAAAGCUACAGGGCCAGCGGAGGGACACAGUAAAGCUCUUAGCCAAUGGAAGAGAAGAAAGUUCUCCAGACUGUAUGGGACUUUCUGUUUCCUAGUGCUGCCCACUCUAAGGUAUGAUAUUGGUGCCAGCCAGCUUCCUAUUAUCUUGCUGCCUGUUUCUCAGGGACUCCGUGACGCAGGCUCUAGGGAGCUGGGAGAGAGCACUCGGACCGAAUCUAGCUGUGCUCUUUGCUUCCCCAUCCUAAGGCCAGAGGACGUAAGGAAGCUGCCCAAUGAGAAAACCAUCCCAGAGUGGGUGGUAGUUAAGCCCUAUAGACUGCUGUCCCAGAAACCUCACACCAGCCAAAUGUACCUACCGCCCCUUGCACACCUGUAUCCCUCCUCCAUCUCCUGGUCUCUCAAUACCGGUUAGUAUUGAGUAUCCUCUCACCCUGCUGCUCCAUUCAGGAAACCCAGGAUUACAUACACUGGUCCCCACCCUACCCCAGAUCCCUAUCCUAGAUCUGGGGAGCAGGAGGGAAGUAAGCACUUUGAGACUUGGCUUCUCCUUAGUUAUGAUUCAUUCUUGAAAUGAUGAUUCCUUGAACUAAAAAUCCCAUGUGUUGGGGAUGGAAUGUGGCCAGCUGAACAGUGGGGGACCAGGACAUUGGUGAGGAUUUUUUCAAGUGACUGGGAAUGAGGAGACAAGCUUGGCUAUAGUCAUGAGUGCCAGGGACCUCUAGACUUGGAGAAUAACUCUUCCGUACCUGGUAGUAAAGAGGCCCUGUCCCUCCCCUAGGUAACUGGGACCCUAAAAUUUCACUACCAUCUUUCUUUCAAAGAGUCUGUUUAUAUUUUUUAGAUGAUCCUUAAAAUUUCGUUUUCUCUUCCUCUUGCCCCAUAACACCAUGCUCCAAGAAGUGGCAAGAUGGACAAAAUGCACUUUUUGGAAAUGUGUGAAAUUAAGAUCCGUUCUACGUCAUUUGUUACUGAAAAAAAAAAAAAGAAUAAAAACAAACCAAAAAAAAGGCUCAA